AUGAAAUUAUUAAAGCUUUCCUUUGUACGAUAUGAUUUUAUUAUUUCCAAAUUUUUUCUCCUCGUAUCCUUUUUAUUUUUAAUGUUAUUAUCUGAUAAUUUUAUUAAAAAAGAAUAUUUUUUUAAUAUAGAAAUACAAAGUAGCAAGAUAUGCCAUUUUUUGCAGAAUAAUUUUUAUAAAUUAGAAAGAGUAUUUUUGUGCACAUCUCUUCAAAAAAACUUUCUUUUUAAUGAUUGGAAGAGCUUAAAAAAAAAAAAUCUAAUGAAUCAUAAAAAAAAAGUAAAGGAAGAAAAUAAUAUUAGUAAAAAGACAAAGAAAAAAAAGAAAGAAGAAUUAAAGGAAGAUGAUAAUUCAUUAGAUCUUGUAAUGGAUACAAAUAAUCCUUCUUUAGAUGAAAAUGUUCUUGAAAAGUCUAAAUUGGUAUUCAAAAAAUUAGACAAAAAUAAUAAUAAUCUAAUAGAUUUCAAUGAAUUCAGGACAAAUGUAGAAAUAUUAUCAAAAAGUGAUGAAAUUAAUACAAAUAUCUUAAAUUAUCUGUUUCAGCUAUUUGAUGUAAAUAAAGAUAAAAAACUGAAUUACACUGAAUUUUUAUCAUUAAAUUCCUAUGAUUUUAAUUAUGUUAAAUUAAUUCAAAUUUUAUUUGAUGAAGAAAAUAUAAUAGAUAAAAGUACCAUAUAUGAGUAUCUGCAUAUUUACUUUUCAGAAUUUUUAGAAUAUGCAAUUGAAGAUGAUAAAUAUAUUUUGGUGAGAAAAAACAAUUUAGUUCAUAUGCUUUCAGAUAAUUUUUUUAAAAAUAAUAAAAGUAAAUGGGACAUAAAUGAAGACGAAAAGUUACAAAUGGAAGAAUUCCAAAAUUUUCAAAUGUCCUUAUUAACAGAUAUUAAUCAUUUAUCAAGUUUUUUGCAAUUGGACUAUAACCUAGAUGGAAAAAUUGAUAUUGCCGAAUUAUUAUUUUAUAUUAACAAUGACAGUACUGUUUAUGACAAAUUGUUUAUAUAUAUUAAAAAUAAUAAAAGAAAAGAGGAUGUAUUUAAAUAUAUUAAAGAAUCAUUAAAUAUUGAUGACACUAUAAUUUUCAAUUUAAAAGUUUUACUUUAUUCAUUUGAUAUUGAUAAUGAUAUGCUGCUAGAUUUAGAAGAAUAUAAAAAUCAAACUGAAACUGUUUUUAUUUUGGAUUCAACACCUGAAAUAAUCUACGCUACUUAA